GAAAUUCUGGUCACGUGACAACUGUGGACCCAGGAAGAAACACGGUAUAACCAAAACAACUCAGAACUAGGUUGUUGAAGAACAGAGAAACGUAUUUUCCGUCAUUGUUUGGUACCAUAGUCAUAACAACAUGGAGGGUAUGUCGUGUUUUAUCAACUGGACCACAUGUCUGUAUGGAACACAAUCUUCCAGCUGAAGUUCACGUCCAAGCAGCUUGAGCGUCUGGCUAAGAAAGCAGAGAAAGACUCUGAAAAGGAGCAGGCUAAAGUAAAAAAGGCUCUGCAGCAGAAAAAUGUGGAAUGUGCCAGAGUCUAUGCAGAGAACGCCAUACGGAAAAAAAACGAAGGCCUUAAUUGGCUGCGCAUGGCGUCACGAGUGGAUGCGGUGGCCUCGAAAGUCCAAACGGCUGUCACCAUGAAGGCCGUGACUAAAAACAUGGGCCAGGUGACAAAGGCCCUGGACAAAGCUCUGAACUCCAUGGAUCUCCAGAAAGUCUCUGCAGUAAUGGAUAAGUUUGAAAGCCAAGUUCAGAACCUUGACGUCCACACCUCCGUGAUGGAAGACUCCAUGAGCUCAGCAAUGACACUGACCACGCCUCAGGAGCAAGUGGAUGACCUGAUCCAUCAGAUAGCAGAAGAGAGCGGCCUGGAGGUGAUGGAUCAACUCAACCAGCUGCCGGCCGGUGCUACGUCAAUCGGUGCAGAGAGCUCACGGAGCCAGGAGAAGGAGGACCAGCUGUCUCGACGGUUGGCAGCGCUGCGAAACUGAAGGCGGCAGCAGGAGGUGACCAGCUGACGGCUGCUUGCAGACCAGUUUGUGACUACGGUGGCAACGGGAAUUGUUUUGCAAAUGAACUGUUCCUACUGAGAGGACUUAAUAAGUCUAUUGAUUAUCAUCCCCUCUGCCCUGUAAAGAAACACACAGCAGCUAGAAAUCAUCACCUGAGAGGGUAGAAAGUUCUCUCUGGUUCACCUUCCUGUUUCAGUCCAUCUCCAUCUUAUUUCAUCGCUCUUUCUCUUCACUUCUCUUAAUUCUCGGCCUUUUGGGUGUAAACUUUGUACAAAAACAAACACAUUUUAUAAACUUUAAGGAUAAAAAUGAGUUCUAAUGAGCUGCUGUGGGUUCUUCGUGUGUGUUUGUGUGUUUUCUGGGUAAUUUUCAGUGGGAAAUGAUGAUUCUGCAGGAGGAAGGAGAGAAGGUUUCAAUGGGACAUGCUUAGACACUAAUAUAUUUAAGUCUUCUUCCCUCAUCAGAUUCAUCCGAACCUCACAGUUUAGCUGAAAUGCGGUAAAGAGAAGACAAUCCCUCGUUCCUCUGUGGGUGAUAUUUGCUUCCAUGAUGGAUAUUUAUAUUUGUUUUUAUUUUUCAUGCUUGUGCUCAGCCUUUUUGCUUUCGAUGCCUUAUUUGGGAUGCAGAUGUUAGCAAAGAUGCUUCUUCCACCAGUGCCUGACUGUUGAGAAGGUGAGCUCUGGUUUCCAUCGGCUUAUAAUCUCUCCAUCUGUAGCCUGAUCACAUCUGUGGUUACGGCUUUUGCUGGUUUAAUUUAAGCCAAAACCUGUUCAGAUAUUGUUGGAAGGCUCUUUUCUUUCUAAAUAUCCCACCCGUCUCGGCUCCCUCCUGAACAGUCUGAGGAUUGUUAGAGCAGGGACCCACGAUGACCGAGCAGCUCUGAGUUAGCUCUUUCUUCUCUAUUUUAACAGAGGGGUGAUUUAUUUAUAUUCAAGUUCUGCCGACUUCUCAGCACUUUUUCUUUUGUAUAUUUCUCCUAUGGAAAUAAAACAGUUCCCUCAGAAACA